CUAGGUAUUGCUGACAAUAGGGGAAGCAGGAGCGGCGUGCGGGAGGAGGAGCAGUGGGCGGGCGCGCCUGCUGGCUGCCUUGCUCAGAGAGAGCCGCGCCGCGCCGCGGGGAGUGCGGGGCAGGGAGAAAGAGGAAGCGAAAGCGGCCGCCGGGCGAGAGACAGGGACCAGCUCUGCCGCGACCCGGAGCCAGCAGAUGAGCCUCAGUGUACUUGGAAUCUUCUGCUGAGUAACAGCUUCUUUUGCUGAAGAUGUCUAAUAAUGGUGUUGAAGCCGAAGACAAGCCUCCAGCCCCUCCAAUGAGAAAUACCAGCACUAUGAUUGGAUCUGGAAGCAAAGAUACUGGGACUUUAAACCAUGGCUCAAAACCUUUGCCCCCCAACCCUGAAGAAAAGAAAAAAAGAGACCGAUUUUACCGAUCUAUAUUGCCAGGAGAUAAAACCAAUAAAAAGAAGGAGAAAGAACGCCCAGAAAUUUCCCUCCCUUCAGAUUUUGAACACACAAUUCAUGUUGGAUUUGAUGCUGUCACAGGAGAAUUCACGGGUAUGCCAGAACAGUGGGCUCGGUUAUUGCAGACCUCCAACAUCACCAAAUCGGAGCAGAAGAAAAACCCCCAGGCCGUGCUCGACGUGCUAGAAUUCUACAAUUCCAAAAAGACCUCCAACAGUCAGAAGUACAUGAGUUUCACAGAUAAAUCUGCAGAGGAGUACGGUUCAUCAAAUACAUUGAAUGUGAAGGCUGUAUCCGAGACCCCUGCAGUACCGCCGGUUUCAGAAGAUGAAGAUGACGAGGAUGAUGCUGCUCCACCCCCAGUGAUAGCUCCACGACCUGAACACACAAAAUCAGUAUACACCCGUUCUGUGAUAGAGCCCCUUCCACCACCUCCUACCAGAGAUGUGGCCACCUCGCCUAUCUCUUCACCCUCUGAAAACAACACAACAUCCCCUGACACAAUGACCAGGAAUACAGAGAAACAGAAGAAAAAGCCGAAGAUGUCAGAUGAAGAAAUCUUGGAAAAAUUAAGAAGUAUCGUGAGCGUGGGUGACCCCAAAAAGAAAUACACACGGUUUGAGAAGAUCGGACAAGGCGCUUCAGGCACAGUAUAUACUGCAAUGGAUGUAGCUACAGGUCAGGAGGUUGCAAUCAAACAGAUGAAUUUGCAACAACAGCCCAAGAAAGAACUUAUAAUUAAUGAAAUCCUUGUAAUGAGGGAAAACAAAAACCCCAACAUUGUCAACUACUUGGACAGUUACCUCGUAGGAGAUGAACUGUGGGUAGUUAUGGAGUAUUUGGCAGGCGGCUCCCUGACGGAUGUUGUAACAGAGACCUGCAUGGAUGAAGGACAAAUAGCAGCUGUGUGUCGAGAGUGUCUUCAGGCUCUGGAAUUCCUGCAUUCAAGCCAAGUUAUUCACAGAGACAUCAAGAGCGACAACAUUCUACUAGGAAUGGACGGCUCCGUCAAACUAACUGACUUUGGUUUCUGUGCCCAGAUAACACCAGAGCAGAGCAAACGCAGCACCAUGGUGGGGACACCUUACUGGAUGGCUCCUGAAGUGGUGACGCGGAAAGCUUAUGGGCCGAAAGUGGACAUCUGGUCUCUGGGAAUCAUGGCUAUUGAAAUGAUUGAGGGAGAGCCUCCUUACCUCAAUGAGAACCCCCUGAGAGCCCUGUAUCUCAUUGCCACCAAUGGUACUCCAGAGCUGCAGAACCCUGAGAAGCUUUCGCCCAUAUUUCGAGACUUCCUGAACCGCUGUCUCGAGAUGGAUGUAGAGAAAAGAGGCUCUGCCAAGGAACUGCUACAGCACCAGUUCCUGAAAAUUGCGAAGCCCCUUUCUAGUCUCACUCCUCUGAUUAUUGCCGCAAAAGAGGCAGCGAAGAACAACCACUAACGCGGAAUCAUCAUAGUCAUCGUGCCAAGUCUUUUCAAUGUUCAUUUCAGACCCUGAAUACCUGCCUUCCUGCUCGCUGGGGGUGCCCAAAACUUUGAUCCCCUGAGAGUGGGCCACAGAAGUAGUAUUUGUUGAAUGUUAAAGGAGGCAUUGCUGAUCUAAAGCCGUGAACAGCUUUCUCACCCUCUUUGUGGGAGAAGAUUAUUUUGUAUGGUUGACAAGGUCUUUGUGAGAAUCUCUGAGCCUGAUGUAGCAAAGCCAGUUUGAUUUCAUAUCUCUUACUGUGUUUAUUUUUUAACAUAAGUGUGCAGCCUUAGACCAUGUUUAUCUUAAUAAAUUAAAUCUCUCACUGGCUGCAUUUUCCCUGCCUCUGCCCAGCUCAGUUGUUACACUACUGAAACUCCUGCAUGCUUCGGAUUACUUGAAUAAUGGAGCAGCCAGCAGAAAUCUGAACAGCUUUAAUAACUGAAAAGGGGGCUGCAAGAGUAUGUAGCACCCGAACACUUCCUCAGUGCUGCCGGACGCCUUGACAGAGAGAGCUGAAAUAUUCCGAAUGAACUUUCUGCAACCAUCGGAGGAUUUAAUUCAUGGAUCACCUUUGUGCUAUGUCUUGUGACUCAGCCUCUGAUUAAAAGAUCCUCUUUCUGUUUUCAUCUCA